UUCUGCAAAUAGUAAUUAUUUCGUUUACAUUUCCUAUUAAAACUAUAUAAUAACUUGAACGUUAAUCAAUUUUGUGAAAAUAAUGAAUAUUUCUAUUGAAAGGAAAAGAUCAGAUUGCACUGCUCUUCCUAAAGGAUGGCAAAGAGAAGAAGUUAUUAGAAAAACUGGCCUAACUGCUGGCAAAGUUGAUGUUUAUUACUACAGCCCUACAGGUAAAAAGUUUCGCAGUAAACCGGAGCUAGUACGUUAUCUUGGUGAUAGUGUGGACCUGUCGUGUUUCGACUUUCAGCAGGGUCAAAUAAACACAAUGCUGCUGUGCAAGGCCAAGAAAGCACGAGCGCAGUUCGAUUACAGGGGAGUACGCUCUGAUGCGUCGCUGGUGCCUCCAAUACGCCAAACUGCUUCAAUUUUCAAACAGCCCGUCACCGUGUUUAAAACACAAGAGAGCAAAGUGAAGACAGACUUGAAACAUGGCACCCAAGAGAAACCCAAACAAUUAUUUUGGGAGAAGAGGCUUGAGGGUCUAACAGCCUGUGAUGCAAAUGGUGUUAUUGGAACGACAUCUCUUCCCAAAUAUAUAAAACCGUUAGGUCCUUAUACAUCUGACGCAACUACUAUACAGUCUUUGGCAACGGCUCUUCAUGUUUCCUCUCAACCAAUUACAGGUCAAAUUGGAGCGAAACAAGCUAUAUUAGAAAAUCCUGGUGUUUUUUUAAACCCUGAGCAACCACUAAUAGCGGCCGUGACGAUAACAAAGGAUGACGUACGACGACAAGAAGAACGUGUGAAACGGGCGCGCCAGCGUCUGCAGGAAGCUCUAGUGGCCGCGUAGGGUUCCGUCGGCGGGGAUCCUCUGGAACCCGCCGCAGACCUCGACCUACUGGAUUCGACGGAACCUAUCUCACCGGCACCAUCACCUAAAACAGUGCCAGAAUCCAACGCUGAAAAUAAUGAGUAAUCAUAAUAUUAAUUAAUGAUCUACUAAAAAGAAGACUACUCUGUACUGUAGUAUUAUAUUAUUAGUAAUCAGAAUAUCACUAUAU